CCCGCAUUCACCACAAGCGACACCUCAGCCUCGGGCAUUACCCCUUCACACCCCGCCAAGUGCAUCUAUCAUCCAACAACUACUAUUCAACUACUAUCCAAAAUGUUCUUCUCCGCUUAAACAACCCGUCUUCCCAAGAAGAUAACAGUCGUCACCAACAAGGACGUCACCAGAGCCAUCAACAGCCCUCCACUUUAAUUACUACUACCACCUACCCUACCCAAUCCGAACCCCACCCGGUUCCCAUUACCUUUGCCCAUCAUGGCUUCCACCACUUUCUUCCGCCCCGCGAUAGCGCAACAACAACAAACAUCUCAACAACAACAACAACCCCCGUGCUGCCAAGCCCGGUGUCCGAGCCAAUCUCUAAGCCUUUCGUAACCAGUCGAUCGCCCCCGUCUAAAGACGUAAACAUACUAAAGUACAAUCUACCUACUAUCCCGACGCGCCUCCCUCCCCCUCCUACCAGUCGCACUACACCCGUAGAGCCUCCCAAAAAGACGAUAUCACCCCGUCAACCAAGUCUUAUUUCGACUUUGGACCACACUAUCCCUACCACACAAGCCGUAGACGAUCUCGACAUGUCAUUCAUCGACGACAUUGACUGGGACUCGUUUUUGGUGGAGACGGACCUCGGCGAGAAGAUCUCUGCCAACGUCUCCCCCGCCCUCUCCGCUUCCGCUCUGUCCAACUCAACUGAGUCGGACCAGUCGGUCGCGCUCGAGCCCGAGCCUCAGAAUUACAACUUUGGCUUUGGUUUCGGCGGCGCCGCCUUCAACACCUCUUCUCCUACCGGCAUGUCUCACCGCCUCGAGAACAUGCUCUCUCCCGAGACCAUCCAGGCUCAGUUGACCAACUUUGGUUUGUUCUCUGGUUUCGACUCUUCUCCCGAAGUCUUCCCUUCUCAGCCCCUCCCCGCUGCCCCUGUCCAGGAGAACACCGACCUCUACGCUGCCAUCACUCAGUUGGUCGGCAACGCUCCCAUGGCUGUCGAGCCCGCCAACCUUUCGCUCCCCGCUUCGCCCGUCGCUCCCGUUGCGGCCCUCGGUGCCAAGCGAAAGGCCUCUGACGCCAGCGACGAAGGGGCUCCCGCUCCUAAGCGUCGAGGACGACCUCCCGGCACCGGCAAGCCCAAGGCCGCUGUCGCUCCCAAGCGUCGUGUCUCCAAGGCCUCUCCCGCCUCUUCUUCCGUCUCGCCCGCUUCCUCCUCCGAGGCUCUUCCUCUUGACGACUUUGACGACGACAUGUCUCCCGUCAGGCUCACUGCCACUGGCAAGCCAUCCACCGACCGUCCCAAGUCUGUUGUCCCCGCCAAGUUCCUCAAGGACGGUUCCGCCCAGGCUAUCCUGGGUAUGACCAUCCCCGAGAUCAUGUCGUUCCCCACAUACGAGGAGCUCCUGAAAAAGGUCCGACCUGAGCUCGUCGCCGGUGCCACCGAGUUUGGCGAAAAGAUUGCCGACAACCGGGAUAAGGCUAAGGAUGCUGCGAAGAAGUCGCGAGAUGAGAGGAGGGCCAAGAUUGAGAGGGCCGAGUACCUCGAGAGGAGGUGCGAGGAGCUUGAGGGUAAGGUCAGCAACAUGGGGUCUUUCCUCAUGUCGCUUGUCGACCUCAACGUGCUCAGCAAGGAGCAGAUUAGGGCGUUCAUGUAAGGGGAUAAAAAGGUGCGCGGGGUCAGCGCGAAAGAGUCGUCAGAAGUAUUCCUUUUCUCCUUCGAUUUUCCUAUCUCCUUUUUUCAUUACUUUCUUUAUCACCCUCCCACACCCUCACUUCCCCCUCCCCACCCCCUAAUCGUCUAAUCGUCCCACCUCGUAAUGUUCUGCUAUCCAAUGAACCUACUUUUAUUACGUUCGAAAAAUUCGAGUAUCAUGUCUUCUUUUCUUGCGUUGGAAAUAGGAAAGUGCAUAUCACCCCACCCAAAAGGUCAACAAGGGAUUUUCUUUUCUAUCUGUAGAUGGAGAGUCCUCGGACCGAGUCCUAAGGUUUUUUAUUGUUUAUAUGUUUAUAGGAAGCGCAAUAUGCACUUUGCCUGAAAA